AUGAAUCGAGUGUUGGUAUUAUUACCCAUCCUGUUCAUUUUAAUAAAUCAUCAUAUGUCUGUGAAUACAUGCGAAACAUGUCAUCCUACUAAAAAUACAUGGUUUCAUCGAAAUGCUCUUUUUCCGUUGAUCGUCGCUGGUACUGAUUCUAAUAUUUAUUCUCCAGCAUCUUCAAUACAACAGUCACCAAAUGAACGAAAAAUUCGUUUUAAACAUGUAAUUUUUAGAGGUGAUCCACGAGAAUUUCUCGGUUAA